AUGGCGGCGCCGGCCGGGGUGCCGGAGCAGCAAAGCGCUCGGGGGGCGCGCGCCGGUCUCGGCCAGGUCGCCGACGCUCUGGAGCAGGAUAUGCCCGCGCGCUGCGCCUUGCUCGCGGUGCGCCGCGUCGCCGAGCACGCAGGUCUUCAGGCGCGGGCGGGGGGCGGUCUGGAGCUUGACGGUGCCAGCGAGGCUGGCGGACGGUGUUCGGAGGCCGGAGCCGCACGCGCUCCGCCGUUCCGGCUCAGGCUGCGGCGCGGCAGGGCACCGAGGUUUUCGGCCGAGGGGCCGGCGGUCGGUCGGCCAGGGCGCUUCAGCUCCAACAAAGGCAACGACAACAAGCCGCAUGCUCGCAGGGCCGAUUCGAUGAGUGAUCUGGAGAAGCUCGGGAGGAAGUCUGGGAAGAUCGCCAUCUCUGGCCGCUAUCAUUUCUCCAGAGACAUUCGGGACGACUACAAAGUACUCGACACGGUGCUGGGCUCAGGUUUUAAUGGCGAGGUCAAGAUGGCGGUAGAGAAAGGCAAGCCUGACGGCCUCAAGUAUGCUGUGAAGGCGUUCAAGUUAUUCAACAUUGGUGAUGACAAGCGACAGCAGCUCAGGUCGGAGGUUGAGGUCUUCCUGUGCAUGGACCAUCCGCAUGUUACUCGGUUGUACGAGGUUUACGAUUGCGAAGACUACCUGCACCUCGUCAUGGAGUGCAUGGAGGGAGGGGAGCUAUUCGAUCGCGUAAUCGAGCUCAAGAUCUUCAACGAAGCGCUCGCCGCCGAGGCAGUUAACCAAAUGCUGCUGGCCCUGAAUUAUUCCUUCCCACGGCAUUGUCCACAGAGACAUCAAGCUUGA